CCUUCCUGCCGCCCCUGUCCCGGGGAGAAAAGGGAACUGGGCGCCGGGCGGGAGGAAGUGAUUCCGCUCCCCUCCCCGCCCUGCCGCCGCCGGCCGCGGGAAACGCGCGGAACCUCCGUCCCCGCUCCUCGCCGGGCCGGGCCGAGCCGAACUGCGCGGUUGUGCGGGGCCGGGCCAUGGCGUGGCUGGUGCUGUUGGUGCUGUUGGUCGGCUCGCUGGCCCCGGGCAGCGCCUUCAACCUGGACACCGAGCGCCCGGCCGUCUACUCGGGCCCGGAGGGCAGCUACUUCGGCUUUGCCGUGGACUUCUUCGCUCCCGACCCAUACUCGACAUUUCUUCUGGUGGGAGCUCCAAAAGCAAACACUACCCAGCACAACAUCGUAGAAGGAGGCCAGGUGCUCAAGUGCAACUGGAAUUCAAACAGAAAUUGCCAGCCGAUUAUAUUUGACUCCACAGGCAACAGAGACUUUGCUCCUGAUGAUCCGCUGGAGUUUAAGUCUCAUCAGUGGUUUGGAGCCUCCGUGAGAUCCAGAAAUGAUAAAAUUUUGGCCUGUGCCCCACUGUACCACUGGAGAACUGAAACAAAACAAGAGAGGGAGCCUGUAGGAACUUGUUACCUUCUUGCUGGAUCAAAGUCUGUGGAAUAUGCACCCUGCAGGUCAACCACUAUCGAUGCAGAUGGACAGGGCUUUUGUCAAGGUGGAUUCAGUAUUGACUUUACAAAGGGAGACAGAGUGCUACUUGGAGGACCAGGAAGUUUUUACUGGCAAGGCCAACUUAUUUCUGAUCGAGUGACAGAGAUUGUGGCUAAAUAUGACUCCAAAGUCUACAGUACAAAAUAUGAUGACCAAUUAGCAACCAGACCUGCCAGUGCUGCUUUUGAUGACAGCUACUUGGGUUAUUCUGUGGCUGUUGGAGACUUCAAUGGUGAUGGCAUAGAAGACUUUGUAUCAGGAGUCCCAAGAGCAGCCAGAACUCUGGGCAUGGUGUCUAUCUACAAUGGGAAAAACAUGUCUUCCAUGUACAACUUCACUGGUGAGCAGAUGGCUGCCUAUUUUGGGUAUUCAGUAGCUGCCACAGAUAUCAAUGGGGACAAUUAUACAGAUCUGUUUAUUGGAGCCCCUCUUUUUAUGGAUCGAGGUUCUGAUGGGAAACUUCAAGAGGUCGGCCAAGUUUCCAUUUGCCUUCAGCGAGCCUCUGGAAGGUUUCAGAUCAUAAAGCUAAAUGGUUUUGAGCUGUUCGCAAGAUUCAGCAGUUCUAUUGCACCUCUGGGGGAUCUAGAUCAGGAUGGCUUCAAUGAUAUUGCAGUUGCUGCACCAUAUGGUGGAGAGGACAAGAGGGGACUUGUCUAUAUCUACAAUGGGAGAGCAAAUGGUUUGACUGCAGUCCCAUCUCAAGUUCUGGAAGGGCAGUGGGCCGCUCGCAGUAUGCCACCCAGUUUUGGGUACUCCCUGAAAGGAGCCACAGAUGUGGACAAAAAUGGAUAUCCAGACUUGAUUGUUGGAGCCUUUGGUGUUGACACAGCUGUUUUGUAUAGGGCUAGACCAGUUAUUAGAGUAAAUGCUGCCCUGGAAGUUAAUCCAACCAUUCUAAACCCAGAAAACAAAGCCUGUUCCCUGUCAGAUGCAAAAGUUUCUUGCUUCAAAGUGAAGUUCUGCUUAAAAGCAGAUGGCAAAGGAAAGCUCCCAGACUCACUCAAUUUCCAAGUGGAGCUGCUUUUGGAUAAACUUAAGCAGAAAGGAGCUAUAAGGAGAGCUCUCUUUCUCCACAGCAAACAGCCUAGCCACUCUAAGAACAUGACUAUUACGAAGGGGGGCAAAAUGAAUUGUGAAGAACUUGAUGCCUUUUUGAGGGAUGAAUCUGAAUUUAGAGACAAAUUAACUCCCAUUACUAUUUUUAUGGAGUAUCGUCUAGAUUACAGAACAGCUGCAGAUGCAACAGGAUUGCACCCUAUCCUCAACCAGUUCACUCCUGCUAAUAUGAGCAGACAGGCACAUAUUCUGCUGGAUUGUGGUGAUGAUAAUGUCUGCAAACCAAAGCUGGAGGUGUCAGUAGAAAGUGAUCAGAAGCAGAUCUAUAUUGGUGAUGACAAUCCCUUGACACUAAUUGUCAGUGCUCAGAAUCAAGGAGAAGGAGCCUAUGAAGCAGAACUCUUUGUCAUCGUUCCACCCCAAGCAGAUUUCAUUGGUGUUGUUCGUAACAAUGAGGCUUUAGCAAGACUGUCAUGUGCAUUUAAAACAGAGAAUCAAACUCGGAUGGUGGUUUGUGACCUGGGAAAUCCUAUGAAAGCAGGAACUAAGCUCCUAGCUGGUCUGCGUUUCAGUGUGCACCAGCAGUCUGAAAUGGAUACCUCUGUGAAGUUUGACUUGCAGAUUCGAAGUUCCAAUCUGUAUGACAAUCUAAGUCCAGUAGCAUCCUAUCAGGCUGACCUUGCCAUUUUAGCAGCUGUUGAAAUUAGAGGUGUGUCGUCUCCUGAUCACAUAUUCCUUCCAAUUGCAAAUUGGCAGCCAAAGGAGAACCCAGAAACAGAAGAUGAUAUUGGACCUCUAGUUCAGCAUAUCUAUGAGCUGCGAAACAACGGUCCGAGUGCGUUCAGCAAGGUGAUGAUGACUCUGCAGUGGCCUUACAAGUAUAAAAACUAUACACUCUUGUACAUUGUUCAGUAUGACAUUGAUGGGCCCAUGAACUGCACUUCUGAUAUGGAAAUAAAUCCAUUGAAAAUUAAGGUUUCUGCUCCUAAAGAUGAUGAGAAGAAUGAAACACUUAGCAGGGAAGAUAAUCAUGACCAUCAUAUCAGUCGAAGGGAUGUAACUGCCAUUGAAGGAGAUGUGCACACUUUGGGCUGUGGAAAUGCUGAUUGUUUAAAGAUAGUCUGUCAAGUUGGCUACCUGGAAAGGGGAAAGAGUGCAAUAUUAUAUUUAAAAUCACGCCUUUGGACCCAAACUUUCAUGAAUAAAGAAAAUCAGAAUCAUUCCUAUUCUCUCAAAUCAUCUGCUUCUUUCAAUGUUAUAGAGUUCCCUUAUAAGAACCUUUCCUUUGAAGAUAUCCACAAUUCUACAGUAGUUACUACAAAUAUUACAUGGGGCAUUCAACCACAGCCUAUGCCUGUACCAGUUUGGGUUAUAAUUUUGGCUGUCCUAGCAGGAUUAUUGCUCCUGGCUGUUCUAGUAUUUGUUAUGUACAGGAUGGGUUUUUUCAAACGUGUCAGACCACCUCAGGAAGAACAAGAAAGAGAACAACUGCAACCACAUGAGAAUGGGGAAGGAACGUCAGAAGCUUAAGCAGAGUUUUUAUCUAAGACAUUCUGAAAAAUACAAAAAUGCCUACAUCUUGGUUAUGAAUAUUGGUUCAUUAAGGAGAAACACUCAUGACUGCAAAGUUGCUGGUCUUGGAAGGAAUCAGCAUGUACAAAAUAAGAGCAAUAUAUUUAAAACCUCCUUUUUAUAUUAGUUAUGUUCAUACAUGUGACUAGCACAUCUGCACUGAUUUGUGUCUGAACAGUACUAUGUACUGCUAAGAUUUUGCUUAUUGGGUUGGAGGAUAUACUUUUUUUGGUUCAGGGACUGAUUUUACAUUAUUUGCCCACACAGAUUCUGUGUUUGCUCUUGGAGCCAACAGCUUCCAUAGAUACUUGCUGGAUUACAUGUUUAGUUUCAAUAUAUUUUUGAUGGAGUACACUACAUUUCACUUCCUAGCUCUUGCAAGCUAGUUGCACAAUAAAAAAAUGAACACAGCUUGUUUUACAAAACUGAGUAAUAUUCUUUGACCCAUUAAUUCUGCUGCUGAUUUUCUUCCUGAUCAAAAAAACAUUAAAGAAAUUAAUCAGUGGAGUCAUUCACAUCUCAUACUUAUUAUGCAUGCCUGUUCUCCUUCCUGCUCAGCCAUCUGUCUUGUGGUUUCCCUCUGGAUUUACAAAUAGUGUUCUCCAGGUCCUAGGUCUCUGUAGGGACUGAGCCUACACAAACUUAAGUGGGUGGCAGAAAGCUGGAGAUUAGGUACUUUAUAUGGGAUCUAGUGAAAAGAUUCAGGGCAAGAUGCAAAGACUCUGCUCUGGAUUUCCAAAGCACAGGGCCCAGGUAUUCCACAGAAUUGUUGGCAGCAUGGAUCUAUUCAGACACUGCCAGGGACAAGAUGUUGGACUGUGCUGUCAACAGACAUGUCUGUUGAGAAAACUCAUAGCCUUUACGUUCAGAAGUCAGACCUCUCCAGUGUUUAAAGUCAGUAUAUUACUCAGGACAACUCUCAGUUUCUGGCAAACCAAUGAAGGGAAUACUUAGUGACAGGUUGCCUGAUGCUCUGUAAGAAUUCUCCUGUUCUGUGGUUGACUGUGUCCAAGAGCAGGAUGGAGUAAUAUAGGUACUGUUUAAGCUACACUGCCAGCCAAAUGUAUGCAGGUUACAUCUAUGUAGCCACACUCAAGUCUGACUUGCCACCUUCCCUGGGAGAACAGUGAGCUUGUCAAAUGAAGCAGAGUCUAGCUGGCAAUGCAAAAAGCUUUUAAAAGAGAAGGUGCAUUUGGGUGUUUCAUUUCAUUCAUUGUACAUUUCAUUGCACAAAAGACAUUUCAUUGCACGAGACACUUCAUUAUGUUCAACACAUUUCAUUACCAGAAAAAACACUAAAAGUUCUGUUUCGUUGUCUUUUAAACAUACCAAAAAUUCAGUGGUAUAAAGCCACAGGUUUACAUCAUUCUUAGCUUAUUUCCCUUAGCAUUGGUGUGGUCAAGUGAAGCUUCUUGUAGUUAUGAGAGAACACAAGAACAUUGUCUCUAUGCAUUUCAAUGGACAUGUAAUAGCAAAUUAGGAGGUUGUCUGGCUCACAGUCACAUGUAGCUUAGAGGGGACAUCCUUAAACUAUUACAAAAGUGCCUUAUAGGAAAUUUGUUUAUUUUCUAUUCUAGAAAGGUAACAAAUUAUAUUAUAAACACCCUGUAAGCAGCAAAACCCAGAAAGGAAGACUUCCACUGUAAUUAUAGCAGUGAGACUCCUUUGUAGAAAUGCUCUCAAAAGGAUAAAAACUCCGGAUAGGCUUCUGUACUUGCAUCUUGGGGGGGUUUGUUCAAAGCUGCAUCUCCCCACAAAUACUGCAAUGCCCAGUCAGCCCAGAAUUAUCUGAAAUUAACACUUUGAUUCAUCUCUCAUUUUUGUAUCCUUCCUGAGAUUUGAACUCCACAAAUGUCUUUCAUUGUUAUGUCCAUUCUUACUCCCUGAACAGUGAUGGCAUUUCAGUCAUCGAGAGACACAGCACAAAGUCUGUGGGGGCCAGUAUGUAUAUCAGAUCUAGGCUUGCAUAUUGAUCCAUUUACAUGGUUUUGCUUUAGAAAAAAUUGUUUAGUUAUGAUAGGUUUACAGGAGGGCAUAGGGCAUCAGUUCACUUUCACUGAGUUUUCAAAUUCUUCAGUAUGGCCAAGGUUUUGGUUUUUUUUUUUUCUUUACUUCCAGUAUUGUUGCUAGCAAUAAAGGAUCAGGAAUCAGGCUUUGAUCCUGGCCUCAAAAUGUGACUUUUAUAAAACAUAAUUUCAGUUACUUACAUAGGCUUCUAGUUCACACGCUUCGUCAGCUGAUUAUCUAUAUGCAAGGAUUUUUUUUUUACCCAAUCUAAAUGUUGGUAGGUUAAGAGGUUUAAGAGACUGUCAGAUUAGAGCUCUAAUUCUUACAUGUCCUUUCAGUACAUGUACAGACUGUGUUGACUUGAAAUUUGUUAGACUACUCGCAUGUCUAGGCAUUAUAAGGAGAUGAAAAUAAUAAUAAUAAACCCAGCAUGAUCAAGAUCUCUUCAGCUCACAUAGAAGGGAUACAGUAGUGUUGUUAAUUGUCUUAAUUUCACAUUCUUAAUGUGGCAACUGGAAACUCUUUUUGCCAGUUUUCAGGAUAAAAAGGUACAUUUUAUUGGUACAACUACUGUAGCUAUGGAAAGUUUCUUCCAUUUAUUGAAGUUACAUAAAUUAAGACUUAUUUAAGUGUUUUUUAUUUUCUUGCAUUCUGCUGGACAAUAAAAGCAAAUUGUUGCUUCUCCCCUUUCAACUGAUUUCCAGUUUGGUUAAAAAAAGACCAAACAUUAGCUUAUGUACAUGCAGUAUACAAGUUACUUAGAGAAUAUAGAUACAACACCCCAAAUUCUGUUUAAAGUAACAUUUGUGUUUCAGGAAGAUUCUGAAGAGAAUGUUUUCCUGAAUGGGGGUGCAGCAGCAAACCUUUGAUAUCAGGUUCUUGACUCAGCAAUAAGAUUAGACUAAAUAUGUACUUGCAUCAGUAUAAAUAUUAUAAUGACUUACAGGCAUUGGUUUAUUCUUGUAGUAAACAUUGUAGAAUGAUGUUAAAACUAUAAAAAAUGUAUGUUGGAAUUACCUUUAUGUCCUUGAGUUGAAACUGAUAUUCAUAAGAUGCAUAUUGCAAGCACUAAAAAACACCCAAGACAAUUAGUCCUCUUUCAAGAGUUAUGUUUCAGAAGCAUGUUUUUCAUGAAUAUAAAAUCAACAGCUAUGUAAUUAUUUAGACAAUGAAAACAUUUUAAAGAGCUUUAUCUUUUAUAAUGAAAUAUUAAUUUAACUACUACAGUUUGCAAUUAUUGCAGCAUCUCACGAUCAAUAGUAAAAAGCUAAAAAGCUACUUAUACAAAAUGCAUAUUAUCUGCUACUCUAUUUGAAAGUAUCUAGAAAACAUAAAGUAGGGAACAUAAUUUAUAGGUUUGCAUUUCUUUCAAGAAAGUUCCAAACUGUGGAAAUAGCUUGUAUUUAAACAUAAAUGCAAAGUCAAACAUGGUAUACAUUUUUCAAGCUAAGUUGAAAUCUUUGAGGAACCAUUUGCAGUGAGGUUUAUAAUUUUAUCUGCCCCAUUUUUCUGUUUUAAAUUUUGAU